AUGGACCUCAUAGAUUUAAUUGGCGACUCAAGAACUGACAGUCUACCAGCUGGGUUUCUGCGGUCGAUAAAAAUUAAGUACAAACAAGAAUCUUCCCGCGUAUUCCCGCCAGGGACUCCAUAUAAAGAGGACACUGUCGGAGGAAAACAAAGCUUGCAAAAGGAAGGACAAAGUCCAAGAUCUGGUUCGGCAGCGAGCGGGGCGUCUGUACCGGUAACUUACUCAAGAAAUUAGAAAACUAUUACUCUAUUUUAUCGUUAUGUUUUGUCAUUUAUUGCUUUUUCCUUGGAGCAUCAUGGAUUUUUAUUAUUUGUUUACGAAAAAUUGAUCGGUCUCUACGCAUACUGAUAGCAAUUGCAGCAAUACAACUUCCACUUUAGAGUAGAGAAUUUGUGUACAGUGUACCGCCAUUUAUCUCAAAAAACACAGGCUACAUUUAUUUCUAAAAAAACUCACAUGGUCCAGAGAGGUGUGAUGUUGAUGGCAGUAAUUAUUAAUAUGUUCACAGAAUUUUAUGGCAUUUAAUAGAGGUUUUUAUUGCUCUAAAUUGAUUGGCAUGUUAUUUAAGCCUACACUUAUUUCAACUGAGUUAAAUCGGUUCAAAGUAAUGUCUCUGUUAAAUCUCAAUAAAUUAGGGACUGUUAUGGGAGCAAUGCCAGAUCUAGGGCAUGGUUCCAUCUGAAAUUAUGGGUUUUAGUGCUAUUUAACUUCCAAAUACCAGACCAAUUAAAAUUUUUUUGCAAAAAAUUAAAAUAUUAAAAUGACUAAAUUUCCAUUAUUUAGGCUCGAAAGUAUUUAUAGCACCAAUGCUAGUGAGACCAAGCAAAUGCUUGAAAGAAAUAGUUUAUACCAAACAUUAAUGGGGUUAAGAAUCCCAAAUGGCCAGGGGCAAACCAGUUGGCUAUUUACAAGCGUGGUCAAAGAUUUGACCUUGACACUACUGAAAACAAAUCCAGUUAGCGAUCAGGGGUACCCAAUGACAGUUUCCUCCUAAAUGCAUUGAAAACACUUUUUAGGCUAUCCAGAGUAUUUUCAGAUCUAGAAAUGCAUUCUAAUCGGCGUUAUAAAAUUUGUAUCUGUUCGGUUGUCCUAGGGCAACUUGAGUCUUUUCGAAAUUACUAGGGCCUCAGUAAUAUUUUCCAGAAAAUUUUAGAUGCAAUAGGUUUUACGAAAGUGUGAAUUUUUCUGAUUCCUCUCUCCAUCGCAUUUUCAAAAUCCGAAAAUUUUAGGUUUACUUUUUCUAUGAAAAAUGGGCUAACCUAGUGACUGAAAUGCAAAAAACUAAACGUAAGAAAGGAUAUGCAUUAGAUAUGCUACGAAAAUUGUACAUGAAUGGAAUGGUUAUCUAGAAAUUUUUAGCCUUUCUCAAGCUAUAGAAAAUUGUAGGCAAUUUUGCUUCUCCGAACAGAUAUUUUACAGAAAACAGUCAUUGGGUGCCCUUGAGCGGUCAGGCUGGGACCUCCAAAUUGCAAAUCCAGCACUGUAACUGCUCCUGCUCUGCCACGCUGCUUCCUCACUGAUAGUGAGUUGCUGCUGUUUAACUCACGGUCAUUAAGGCUGGUUUGUGAUUUGAACAGUUGAUGAAGCUAUUUUUGUCUAUUUCAGAGUUUUAUGGGAUGGCGUGUGCCGUCAAGGUUGAUUCAACAGAACAGAACUCCACUCCAGUCAGCUGGUGAGAAUCUAUGUGAUGUCCUUGUGGCAGAAGAACUGAAACUUUUCAAAUGCUGACCUGGCCAGGCCAGUUUCCACUUUUCAUGGAAAUGGUCAGAUCUUUUACAAUAAAAAGAAAUUAUUAAUACAUAUAAUUCUCAGGACUUAAAAUUUACAGAUCUCCAGGGGCACAUGCUUUGGAGUCCAUUAAGAGCUGGUUUAAAGCACUCAGUUUAUAACUAACACCUUUUUUUCCAAGUUGCAAACAUUUUGCUGUCUUUCAUCUUCAGGGCAACUUUCCAUGUUUUUUUUAUUUGUAUUCUGGUCUGUUUGACUGAAUUAUGCUCAUUUGGGUAAAAUGUGAAAGAUUUCUCCCUUCCCUUUCCCACAAAGUAGAUGUCAGUUUUCUAUAAUCAUUAAAACUGAUGAUGUCACCAGUAGUACAAGGGAUGUGACUGAGGUCCACACAGACACUUUAGGACCCUCCAAGGGGAAACAGACUUAAUUAUCUUUUUAGCAUAUUUUUUUAAGUUCACAAAAAUUCCCUUUGCUAUAAUAGGAGGAUAUAAAUAUGCAGAGAGAGAAAAGAUGGAAUCCAGGAUGUCAGUUCAAAGUAGAAGAUCUGUUGGCAGUAGAAACAGUCAAACAAAUCCACUAUCAAGAGGAAAAGAUGAACGUAAGCAAUAAAGAAAAUUAUAUAAUAGACAAUAGACAAUAUCUUAUUUGGGGUCUUUUACCAUCUGGUACAUCAACUGUUUCCCAAAUAAUUUAAAAUUAAAAUAUAUGCUAAGCUAUUUAUUACACUAAUACAGUUACAUAACAAGUUAUUACAAAUAGAGAUAAUUACAUUUAUUAUUCAGUCAAAAUAUUUCCCUGUUUCUGAUUGGCUAAAAGCACAUGUUUAAUUCACCAUAACCAGUUACUGAUGACCAAAUUUGGAAGAAUUUUGACUUUAACGAGGAAAUGACAUCAAAAAUGCAGCGUUUUCACAGGUUAAGGCACCGUUAACCGAGAAGACCUGGGGACGAGGUUGAGUUGUUUUGGUUGUGAACUUGAAAAAAUGGCGAACAUCUCACUCGUUUCAAGAGUAAGAACUAGGCGAAAAAAUAGCUAAAAACAUGGCAAGAACAGCAAGAAGGGCGACAUCUGCUAUUUGGAGAAUAUUUGCGGAGCUGGACAAACCUAAACGUACACUAUCGAAGAUGAACUUAACAUCGAUGGAUCGAUGGAGGUAAGCAUGUUUUAGCAAUGUUUUUAAACUAGGAAUUAUUUUGAAUGAAUAAUAAAACAUUUAUUGAAUUCGGCUUUGGUAUCAUAUGAAGAAUUAUGGAGAUCUCGGAGGGUGUUAUCCGCCUCGGCCUACGGCCGCGACGGAUAACACCCUCCUCGAUCUCCAUUAUUCUUAGAUACUCAGCCUCAUUCAUUAACUGUUAAAUACACAGACACAUAUUUUAAUCUACCUUUUGUCUUCCUUCUCUUUUCUUAUUUUGAAACAUUUGAACACAUAUACCCUGCUACAUUUGUAUGCAUAGCAGCAAUGUGGAUGAUCACCCCCUCUCCCUCCUCCCUGGGGUAGCCUAAACUUGUUUGAACUUUUAUUAACUUUGGCAUGAUAGCUAGCUAGCAGGUGUAAUUCACCAUUUAUUCCAGUAUUUAUUUCAAAAGCUUUUUAAUUCUCAUCAUUAACUUUUUGUACCUUGUAGUACCAAGGCUGGAGUCAGCUAAUGCAGUAAGAAAGAGUCCUUUUCUGAGAAAAGUUACACCCCUGGCUAAAGUGAGUAUUUUUUGGGGGGGGGGUUUUCAUGGUUUUUAUCAGUCUAUGUCAUGCCCCAGUUGACUUAAUUGACCACUCUCUGAAUGUAGCACCACGUUGCUGCUACAAACUCAUUUAAAAAUAACAAUAAUAAUUUAUUUCUAAUAUUAACUUUUUUAUUACUGUUGACAUAUACAUCCAUGCAGACACCACCACUUCCAGCAAUGAGAAAUUUUUCCAAGGAACUAAGCAAAGGUAAGAACACUUUAAUAACUGUUUUAAUAUCAUAGGUGAUGAAUUACUCCUUAAUUUUGGCGCGAAAUUUCAGCAUUAAUUUGUAAUUUCACAUGCGAAAUUACAAAAUUGCCAUGGCAACCCUUCCGUAUGUCUCAGUGUCAAGAUGGCGACGAAGUUUUAAAAUGUCAUGAAUGAAGAUGUCAGGGCACAAAAAGACGCUUUAGAAAACCUGAACACACAAGAGAACAUCAAGAAGGACUCUAACAGGUACUUUGCCGAGAAAGUCUGAAAAAUUCUGAACUUUAUAAGCCAAAUUUAAGGUCUAAACAUUUGAGAGAGUGGAGUUCUCGAUCGAUACGAUCCAGGAUAAACAUGUCAAAAAUCCAAGAUUGCUAACGUAAUUCGUCACCCAUGAUAUUAAUAGGUAAUCAAAUGGUAUGCUUGUGAAAUUAGGGAAUAAUUUCACUUGCGUUUUGUCCAAAUCCUAAUAAUUUCCCUUGCCUGAAGGCUUGGGAAAUUAUUAGGAUUUGGACAAAACACGCGUGAAAUUAUUCCCUAAUUUCACUCGUCACCAUUUGAUUACACAUACUAAUUUGACAGUAAUUGUCCAAUUAUUACUUAUUUUCAUAGAAACUUGAAAAAAAAAAUAUUACUGGUUUGGUAGAUGAUCGAACAGUGAUAAUUCACAGGAUAUCACAAGUACAUGUAUUUAUAUGUGUUAUGAAAGAAUGAACACUGUGUCUAUUCCAGACAAAACAGACAAGAGCAUACUGCAAGAUAUGGAGGAGGCAAAGAGGACUGCUGUUGAGAAGGUAGUUAUGACAGUUCUUUACAAUUAUUACUUAAAGCAAAGGAAUAGUUUACAAUGGGUUGGGUUUGCACAUUUAUGUACAGUGAUUAAUUAUUUAAAUUAGUAGAGCUCUAUGAGCCAAAGGAAUGCGGAGCGCUUUACAUUCUGGGGGAAAGAAAAGUUAUUUUAUAGUAGAUCAUAGUAGUGGUAUCACAUUUUUUUAUAGUGAUAUGUUUAAAAAAAUCACUUCUUUUAAUCUACUUGGAAAAUGCCAUGAUAAUAUUCUCAAACUGUAGUCUGGGCAGUGCGUCAUGGUAAACUUACUUUUGCACUAUCUUUUGUGCAUAAUUUGCAUGUGCAAUGCAUUAGUUUGUCAAAAAUUUAGUUACUCAGCAUAUUUGCAUACAAACACGCAAAGUCAUAUUUAAAUGAUAUAUGGCAACUGAGUAAAAAAUCCCUUUCUAUGACUUUUCUUUCAGUCAAUCAGGAAAAUUAUUCAUCCUCACUCACUGGAAGCUGUGAACGAAUGGUUGAAGACAGCUACAGAUAAAGGUUUGCUUUCAGUCAGCAUUUUAUUAUUUAGGCUUGUUUAUAGUGGAAAGUGCACUUAGCUUAUCCAGCUAGUUUACAGACACUCCACUCAAAUACUUAGAAACAAAUAAUUCAAAUCCAACAUAACAGAAUAAAAAAAACCAAUCGUAAGGAGGCAACCAGUUGGCUAUUUACAAGGGUGGCUGAGGAUGUGAACUCGGGCGACCAAGAACAAAUCCAGCAAGUCACCAGAGCAGGACUCUAACCUGGGACAGCCGGAUUACAAGUCUGACACACUGACCACUGCACCAUGCUGACCCUUUGUUGAUGAAAGAGCAUUACAAUCAGUCACUUUCUAGGCUUUAAAUUUGUAGGGAAGAUUUCAUACUCAGGCCCUGUUUAAAUGGAGAAAAAUUGUCCCACCUGGCAAGAAAACGUCAUCCGCCUGCCCAAGCUACCCUGAGCAAGCCAACUUUUCAUACAUUUCCUUUCAAAACAAGGCAUUUUGUUACAUGAAAAACAAAAAGUUGGAUCUGCUAGAAGGUUUACCUGGGUCACCCUCCUAGUCGGGCCAACUUUUCUCCAUAUAAACACUUUAGCUCGCUCAGUCGAGUCAACUUGGUCAAGGUUAGACAAUCAGAGCACGUGUGAGCGUUGUUUUAGACAAGUACAUGUAGAUCACAUGCAGAGCAUAUAAGUGAGCUGUUGGCUCCGGCGAAGGAGACAACUUUUUUCAUAAUCCUAAACUUGCUUAAAGUUGACUCUGCUGGGAUGGUGACAAUCUACCCAGGACAGGUUUUCUCCAUAUAAAUUGGGCCUCUGAGGCUAAUAAGUUUUCUCACCCAUCUUUUCACAUGUUUCUUAGAAUAAGGUCUGAUCACAUAUUACUGUUUGAAUUUUGUGCACCACUUUUUGAAACACCAGUUGUUAAAAGCUAGUGGUUUAAGAGAACAGUUGUAAACCCUGAGAGAUUUAACCAUCUUAACUGAGAAAUGCCAAAUCAAACAGUCAAAAACCAGUGAAAUUAUCAAGAGAAAAUGGAUUGACAUCGUUUGAUCAAAAGAAUGUUUUGAAUCAAAGCCAUCCAUUUCUCUUUCAAGAUUACUAAUUCAAUAGCAAAGUAAGACUGGAAACAAGAAUUUUUGGAAAUGGAACAGCAAGUUGUGGUUAGACUGGAGGUGGACCACUUUGACCAGAAAAUUUCCAUGAGGACCGAAGCGUUUCAUUUAUUUCUUGACUGAAAUUUCCGAAAAUGUUGGCCUACAAGUAAAAUCACAAGCACCCACAAUAAAUUUAACAAAAAAACUUACAGUUUCUGAGAUUUUUUUUUGUUUAAUUAUCAAGUUUAAAUGAUACAUUUUUGUUUGUGUUUAAAGAACGUGAGCUAGCUUUGAAGUUCUUCAGUACCCUGUCUGGAGUGAAAACAGACAAACUGGAUAUGGUUGGCCAAAAAUUGAAUCAAGAUCAUUUAGUGGGAAAUUGUGAGCCCUGUGACAGUGGUAGAAUCAAGGAAGCUUUGGAAGCAUUGGCUAGGUUUGUAUAAGAGCCUUCAUGAGGAAAGUACACUUACGUAAAAUUGUGGAAUGUUUAUUACAGGCAGUUUGUAUUUUUGUGGCACAAAGGAAGAGUUAAGUGAUGACGAAAACAUUAAUGUUUUUAAACCAGUAAAAUCAGCACUGUUUUGGAUAUUGUCCUUCCACUAUAGUCACUAACUACAUUGUAUUUUUCAUGAUGUAAAAAAGGUGUUAAGAUUAAUUUUACAAAGAUUUUGCCCCUUGCAAAUGUUCGACAUAAUUAUGUUGUGUACCACUUUUCAAGACAACUACCAUCAGUUACAUGUACUUCAUUCCAACAAUGUACACUUUCACUAUUUAUGGUAACUAUCAUAAUAAUUAAUUUUUUGUCCUUUGAACUGUCUUACGGUUUCAUUGUUGCAUUCCACAGAGAGGAUACUGUUGUGUCACGUGGUAAACUGCUGUAUAACCCCAAGAGAGCCCCAGACAUCACCAAACAUUCAUACUAUCAGAAAGCCAAACAGCGGUUGCCAGUACAUGUACGGCAGCAGUUCCAAACUUGGCACCAUCUUCCAGUGUACACUGUAGCAAGUGAUGCCGCCAUAAACAAGAGUGCAAUGUUCACUCAGCCACACAAAGCCUAUGGGCGGCACUUUACUAUCCAUCCAGAGUGGGGACUGCACAAGCCCAUUGUUCUGUAA